GCUCCCGAAUUCCAACAGCUCCAGUCGUUCCAACUGAGCUCCACUUAAAGUACACAAAAAUACAUAAAUCGCCGGGAAGAGUAUAAAAAACUUUGACAGUUUGUUUUAAAAAAUUAGUGCAAUAAUGAUCUUUUGGAAUUAUUUCGGAUGAAAGCUUUUCCUCGGAUACGGAUGCUUUUUUUUGGUUUUUCGUUACGAUAUUUGAAUUAAAAAAAGUGCAAAAGCUCUCGUUGAGAAUGUUGUUAACUUAAAAAUACAAAGGCAGACAGAUACGAAAUUCGAUGUGAAAUAUUCGUUAACAAAAUUUUCAAAAACAGAAAAAUUAUCCGCUACAAAAGUGUAAACUCAAAAUUGUAUAGUGUUAUGCAGAGUGUAGUGUGGGUGUUGGUGUUCUUAGCUGGUGCUGCUGUUGCUGCUUCUCUUUUAAUUUCUCCCGACUCGUGAAUAUCCAUACACAACAGAUCCAAUAAUAAUAAUUUAGACGCCAAACUGUCGUUUUCGUUGUCUCCGUGCUCCCGUGUUUCCGUACCCCGGUGGUCUGCCAUGAUGUUGGACGAUGACAACUCGGAUCUGCUGGUCUGUGCAUCUGAGAUGCAGGAAGACCGUUUGUACUUCGUGGCCUUCAAGAAGAACAUCAAGCCAAAGAACACGAUUAAUACCCACUACUUCAGCAUCGAUGAGGAGUUCAUCUACGAGAAUUUCUACAACGAUUUCGGGCCUUUAAACAUCUGCAUGCUCUACAGGUAUUGCAUGAAACUGAACACUAAACUAAACGCCAAGUGCCAUGCAAACAAGAAGAUAGUUCAUUACACCUCUAUGAAUCCGGCCAAGCGACUCAAUGCGGCAUACCUGAUUGGUUCGUAUGCAAUUAUCUACUUAAACAAAACGCCACAGGAGGCGUAUCGACCUCUGGUCGCUGGCGAGAUUCCCCCCUACACGCGCUUUUGUGAUGCCAGCUACGGACCCAGCAGUUUCAAGAUAUCUCUGCUGGAUUGCCUGAAUGCCGUGCACAAAGGAUUGCAGGCGGGAUUCUUCAAUUUCGACGACUUCGAUGCUGAGGAGUACGAGUAUUUUGAGCGCGUGGAGAACGGCGAUUUCAACUGGAUUGUGCCGCAGAAGUUUAUAGCGUUUUGUGGACCUCAUCAGAAGAGCAAGACGUUGCCGAAUGGAUACCCAUGCCAUGCACCCGAGCGCUACUUUAGCUACUUUCGGGAUAAUAAUGUCACGACCGUGAUUCGGCUAAAUGCCAAGGUCUAUCAUGCUUCUUCCUUUGAGAACGCUGGCUUCGAUCACAAGGAUUUGUUUUUCAUCGAUGGCAGUACGCCAAGUGAUGCCAUAAUGAAGAAGUUUCUCUCCAUCUGCGAAACGACGAAAGGAGCGAUUGCAGUUCAUUGUAAAGCAGGCUUGGGACGAACGGGCAGCCUUAUAGGAGCGUAUAUUAUGAAGCAUUAUGGGUUUACAGCCCUCGAGUCCAUUGCCUGGUUGAGACUCUGCCGGCCGGGAUCGGUCAUUGGACAUCAACAGCAGUGGAUGGAGGACAAACAAAGCUGGCUGUGGUCGGAAGGCGAACGAAUGCGCCGGCGCACUACGCUCCCCAUCCUUCAGCAUACGUACGGAAUCAACAGCAUGGAGCUGAAGACCAAACUAGCCUCAGCUGCCUCCGAUUCAUCGGAGCAUUUGGAUCUGCUUCUAACGCGCGUGAAAGGAAUUUCCCAACGGGUAGAUACGAUGCACUUAAACGACCAGGACAACUUGGAUGCUGCGUGUGUGGAUCAAACGGAUGAGGAGAUCUCCGAGCAGCAGCGAUUGGAGAGGGACGAGCGAGCCUUGUAUCAAUCCGCUGAGGAUCCCAAUUGUAAUGGGAGCGAUGAUAACGAUACGGACACAAUCAGUGCACCAGCGGAUCAGCCACUGCCCUCCAGUUAUACAAUAUCCACACGUCGCAGGAAAUCACCAUCGGGCGCAAAUAAGCCGACAGUUAUAGCCACAUCUUUAAGGCGUCUGGUUAAUCCUAAUGCCAAUCGAAGUGGUUUGAGUACUGCUUCUGGAGUUUAUCCUGUACCUGAGGUGGCCAGCUGCACGGAGAAAAAGUUGCGCAAGCCAAGUGCAAAUGUCUUUGAGGCAGCUCGUCACACCAUCGCAUCAACCGUCAGGAUGACGCAAACGGCGCUGGAGAAGAAGCAGGCCCAGACGCAGGGCGACAAGUUGAAUCAGAUUAAGGCGCUGAGGAGGCAUCACUCGCGAUCAGUCAACGUGAACAGCAACAGUAACGAACAGGAAUCGAAUGUGAGGCAUACAAGAGCUCGAUCCCAACCCUUCCGCAAUAAUAACGGAGUGGUUGGGAAUCCUGCGAUGGCGACCCUGAAGGCGGGACAGCCCACAUCCUCCUGUUUGCCAACAAGCACAGCGGCAGCCGCUCUUUUGGCCAAUAAUCUUAACAACAACAAUGGAAGCGUAGUCGGGACUAGCAGUAGCAGCAAUAACAACGCCAACAACAACAACAACAGUAAUCUAAGCAAUUCCCUGAAUAACUAUAACAACAACAACAAUACCACUAACAAUAUUUUGGCCAGUUCGGGGAGCAGUCGCACCCGCAGUCUGGCGAUUUAUAGCAAACGAAUGGAACUGAAGCACCUGCGAAAGGCGGAACAGCAGCAGCAGGAGCAACCGAUGCUGCCGGUGGAGAAGCAGCUUCUUCGGCCAUAUGCCACCAUUAACGAGAGUAAGAUACCCGUGGUAUCCGGGGGGAGUGGUGGUGCCGGCAGCUCGGCUACCAUUCCACCCACUCGGGGCAGUGCCGCGCGCACCUCACAUCACCACAUGACGCUCCGGGGGAGAUCCCGGAUCCGUUACCAGCGCCCCAAUGCCGGAGAACCGGCUCCUGCAGCGGCCCAAGCCCAACCGUGCACUGUGGCCACGGCUCGUUAUUAUCGGGACGUAUCAGCCAUACCCACAAUGGGUGUCCUGGGUGGUGGUGCUGCUGGUGGGUCCUCUUCUUCUGCCUCCUUUAACAUAGCCACACGCUCCGCAUCCGCCACGCUCGAUCUCAACUCCAAUCCGCUGCCGAAAACCAAAUUAACCAGCCUCAACAAUAAUCCAACUACCACUCCUCCUCCCUCCUCCAAUCCUGCAGACACAAGCCGUCUUAGUGGGCGUGGCAGUGCCGAAUUGCAGGCGAUCAUCGAGCACGGCCUGGUGGCAGGAGCGGCCAAGCGGAACAAGCGGUCGCUGAGCUCCACGCGACUGGACAAGGACAAGAGUGACGAGUACAACACGAAGCUGUUAAGGAAGACAGCGGCCGCAGCAGCAGCAGCGGCCACAGCAGCCUCAUCCGCAGCAACUGCCGCGACAGCCACCAGCGGUUCCAUCAACACCUCCCACUCCUCCAGCAGCAACAUCAACAACAAUUGCAAGUACAACAGCUGCAGCAGCAGCAACAGCGGCAGCUUCAAGCUCUCCCGUCGCCUUUUCGGAGAAUCGGGAUCCUCGGCCUCGACAUCCGCCUCAAAUUCGGGGAUUCCAACGCCCACGGCACCGCCAUCCUCCAGUCAAUGGCACCAGCAUCUGGCUCGCGGCGUGGGUCGAGUGUCAAGCGAAAGGGAUCGGGAAAGACAAAAGCCUCUGGAUCAUCAGCAGUCCAAUCUUAAACUGCGCAAGAAGAUCAGCUACUGAGCCAAGUUGUUCUCGCUCGCAUUAGUUUUGUAGAUAUUAUUUUGACUAGUAAAUUGAAUGUUUCUCGAU